AGGAAAACCGGAUAAAUACUAUUUUGUAUUUUGAAAAAAAUAUAGUUUUAGUAGCAGAAUUGUGUGUGUUAUACAUACAGAGUUUAAGAUAAAAAGUCUAUAUAAGAAAUAAUUAUAUAAAUUGAAAUUUAAAAUAUUGCAUAAUUUACAUUGUUAAUUGUACAUUAUAGAUAAUACAAUAUACUGUUAGUGAAUAUAAUAUUGAAAAAGUGAAUGAAACACUUAUCAUAAAUAUUAUUAUACAAAAUAUUUAAUUAGUUCUAUUUGUAUUUAUGAGAAGAUUUAAAAAGUAAUAUGCCAUAGGUAAAGAAGUACAAAUUUUUGUCUGUUACUAAGCCAAAACUAAACUGUUAAGAAGUUUCAACCCACCGUUAAAUAUUGUACAAAUCGAUUUUUUACACUUGGAAAUGGAAAACAAACUUCUAUUGCCAAAAUAUCCAGUAGGCGGGCAAGUGUUAAUUAUAUACAAAUUCUAGAACAGACGACAAAUAACAACAGCAGUGCAUUAAACAACAUAUGCUCAGGAAAAUAUACAUGCAUAGGGCGAUAAAAACGCUGUGUAAUUAAAAAUACCUCGAAAAUUACAUCCCAUACUGAUUUAUUAAAGUCAAAUAAAAAUAUUUUCAAGUUUGUAAACUUUCAGCCCGUGGACAAUGCAAUCACCAGUGGAAAACGAUGAGGCAUCGAAAGAUCCGAAAACAACCGAACAUGAUUUCUCACAACACUUCACUGAACAUGAUUUUGAAGGUCAUCGCCUGCAUAGCGUUUAUCUUGGUUUACAUGUGACUGGUGGUCGCCGUCAUUUAGUAAGGCGCCGUAAAUAUCAUAUUUAUAAAGAAAAUCUCGUUGAAAGACAUCGUCAAACAGAAUUACCAGCUACUCCGCCAACGCAGCGUAUACAAUUUAUACUUGGAGGUGAUGAUUGCAAUGAAGUUUAUGAAGUGCAUCCGGUAUUUUCCGAAAUGAUGACGAACGAUGAGUUUGAAUGGAAAGAAAUUGCAAGGUGGAUAAAAUUUGAAGAAGACGUAGAAGAAGGCGGAAACAGAUGGUCGAAACCACAUGUUGCCACUUUAUUUUUGCAUUCAUUGUUCGAACUACGUACUUUAUUACGUAAGGGGUCCGUUUUGUUGGAUAUGGAAGCCAAUACCUUGGAACUCAUAAUAGACUUGUUAUGCGACAACAUGGUUAAUGAUGGUACAUUGCUGCUAAAUUUACGUGUUAAGUUAACAGACAUGUUACUGAGACGUCAUCGCCAUCAGCAUGAGUAUAGUAAAAAAAGUAAAGGAUUACCAAUGAUGCGUUCGUUUGUCGAUAUCACCUGUAACCAAACAGAAUCAAAAAGAGAGGAACUAGUAGGAAACCCAUGCAACGUGUCUAUACAACACCACAACAGUUCCAGUGACCUCAGCGAUCACAAGAGUAACACAAACUUUAUGCGAAAAAUUCCAUCGGGUGCCGAAGCAAACAACAUUUUUGUAGGAGAAGUGGAUUUCUUGGAAAAGCCUUUGGUAGGAUUCAUUCGUCUGAAAAAAGGAUCUUAUUUGGGCGAUUUAACUGAAGUUCCAAUUCCAACUCGCUUUAUUUUUAUAGCUUUAGGUGGACCUGGAAGUCAAAGUAAUAUGCAAGAAAUAGGUCGAGCUGUGGGUUCGCUUAUGUCUGAUGAGAUAUUCCAUGAAGUAGCUUAUCGUGCAAAAAAAAGUGAACACCUAAUUUCAGGUAUUGACGAAUUUUUAAAUGCGGUUACUGUGUUGCCACCAGGUGAAUGGGAUCCAACUAUACGAAUUGAGCCUCCAGCUGCAAUACCUUCACAGCAAGUUCGCAAACGUCCCCCAGAAACAAGUAAAGAAAUAAAUGAGGAAGAAGAAGAACUACGAUUACGUCAAGAAUCCGGACUAACACGCACCGGACGACUUUUCGGAGGUUUAAGUAAUGAUUUUAAAAGAAAGGCAAUGUGGUAUUUUACUGAUUUUAAAGACGGAUUUUCGAUGCAGUGUGUGGCAUCUUGGAUAUUUUUAUAUUUUGCUUGCCUCUCACCUAUUAUAACAUUCGGGGGGCUGCUAUCCCAAGCAACUGGCAAAAAUAUAGCAGCAAUGGAGUCUCUUGUUUCUGGUUUCGUUUGUGGUAUGGGAUAUGGUCUUUUUUCAGGACAGCCACUCACAAUUUUGGGAUCGACUGGGCCAGUCUUAGUAUUUGAGACCAUUGUUUACGACUUUUGCCAAAAUCAAGGUUGGGACUAUUUAACGUUUCGUUUCUGGAUUGGCACUUGGAUUUCUGUCAUACUAUUACUUUUGACAGCAAUUGAUGCAAGUGCUUUAGUUUGCUACAUAACUCGUUUUACUGAGGAAAAUUUUGCUACACUAAUUGCUUUCAUAUUUAUUUACAAGGCAGUUGAAAAUGUUUGGAUGAUAAAAAGUAACUUUCCAAUAAUUAAUCCAAUAUAUGAUUGUAUAUGCACACCACCCCUAAAUAGUAAUUAUACAGUUUUGGAUUACGCAAAAUAUGACAAGUCAAUUUGCGAAGAUAACUAUGGUAUUCUGGUUGGUUCAGACUGUAAUCGAGAAAGUACUGAAAAUGUUUUCCUGAUGUCGCUAAUACUUUUUUGUGGUACUUUUAUAAUAUCAGUGUUACUAAAAGAUUUAAAGAAUGCCCCAUACUUUUCGUCAAUCGUACGGCAGUAUAUAAGUGACUUCGCUGUUAUUAUUGCCAUAUUAUCAAUGUCAAUUCUGGAUUUUAUAAUGAACAUUCCAACUCCAAAACUUGAUGUGCCACAUGAAUUUAAACCAACUUUGAGCUCGCGUGGUUGGUUAGUUCCACCGUUUACAUCAAAUAAUCCUUGGUGGACACCACUUAUAGCAAUAUUUCCAGCGAUGUUAGGAACUAUUUUAAUUUUUAUGGAUCAACAAAUUACGUCGGUUAUAAUAAAUCGCAAAGAAAACAAACUUAAAAAGGGGUGUGGUUACCACUUGGAUCUAUUCAUAUUAUCAAUUCUUAUACAAAUAUGCAGUACAAUGGGCUUACCAUGGUUUGUUGCAGCAACUGUUCUUAGUAUAAACCAUGUGAAUUCCUUAAAAUUGGAAUCAGAAUGCUCGGCACCCGGAGAAAAACCUCAAUUUUUAGGUGUACGAGAACAACGUGUAACACAUGUAUUAAUAUUUUUGACAAUCGGCCUCUCGGUGAUAUUAACACCACUGCUUUGUCACAUACCCAUGCCAGUACUUUUCGGCGUAUUUCUUUAUAUGGGUAUAGCAUCACUGUCAGGCUUACAAUUUUUUGAUCGAUUACUAAUCAUACUCAUGCCUGCAAAGUACCAGCCGGAUUUCAUGUUCCUUCGAAAGGUUCCCAUAAAGAGGGUUCAUCUUUUUACAGGCAUACAACUGGCCUGUCUUAUAAUGUUAUGGCUAAUCAAAUCAUUUUCGGAGACAUCUAUCUUGUUUCCUUUAAUGUUGGUUGUUAUGAUUGGUAUACGAAAAUCUUUGGACUUAGUGUUUACUCGCAGAGAAUUAAAAAUACUGGACGAUGUUAUGCCUGAAAUUAACCAAUCAGAUGUUUCGGACGAAUUGAAUCAAAGAGAAGCAGAAAGUGGAUAUGUAGCUAAAUUUAAAAGGUGUUGUUUAGGAGAAUCACCUUCAUCGAAACAACAAAAAAAUAAACAUCAUCUACGACGUAACACUAAAGGAAAUCGUUCCUUAAAUAACAAAAGAACUGUGAAUUACACAAUUGAAGAGAUCAAAUCAAGAGCACAAUUCAACCACAAUAAAGAAAAGCAAUUUGGAGCUGCAGAGGAAAGAAAUGUUAGUUUAGACACUUUCCAACACCCACACAACUUCAAUAUAAGUGACCAGUUUAUUAUUCCAGUGUCUGCCAAAGUAAGGCAUAUAAGCAGUUCAGGAAAAAAAAAACAUCUAAUAAGGUUGGGUACGACGGACUUCAUAAUCAAUGAGCAACCAUGCACACUUCAACAAAAUCAGCUGGGAUCAAUACUAUGAGAAAAACUUAUUUUCCAGUUAAUUUCAAUGUAUUACUGUUACCUACCUUUCGAAAUAAAACAAAAUAAUGAAUUAAUGAAGUGUUGAGUGAGAGUCUGUAACCGGAUGCUACGUAUUUAUUUAGUACAUUUAUGUAAAAUAUUAUAACCCAGUGAGAAAUAUAAUUGAUGAUUGUGAGGUGCCUGCUAAUUUUUAUAUGGAAAUAGCGAAGAGAUGAUAUCACUUAAUCUCUAAAGUUGUACACUAGUUUAUAGAAUUGUCUGCAAAUUUGUAUAAUAAACACGUAAGGAAGAGAAGAAAAAAGAAGGUUUCGGAUGCCAAAGCAUCUCAAAUAAUUAGCUUUUACAUAUAAGUGGUACUCAUAUAACGUCGUAAACGUAUGGCAACAUCGCAGAAUUACAAUAUCGUAAAACAGCUGUUAAUUUUUACAUGCAUUUUAUUAUACGACAAUCUUGCAAAUAUGCGAGACCUUUUUCAGUGGCAUUCAUGGCAUGCUUACAAUUAAUUCACAAUAAGCUGAUAUUACCACAAUAUUGCCAAAGAGCGCUCAUUUAACAUUUGUUGCCAUAUUGCAAAUUUACUAUAUUUAUAUAAUUGCAACGUUAAAUGAGUACUACUAUAGAAUUGUAAGUACAUAAAUAUAAGUAAUUUUUAGAAUAAAGUCAGUUCUGUCCAGUUA